AGGCCGUAGAGGCUACUGAAGCCUGGAGGUUGGCCCGGGGCUUUUUAAGUGACGAGCGGGUGCUGCGAAGGCGCUAAGCUUUGGGGUCUGUGUCGCGGGCUUUUGGGGAGCCCGUUAAAAGCCCUCACAACUGGCUAUUGCUCUUUUCUGACCGCCCCUGGCUUAUCGUCACCCCCGGCGGCAAUGCUUCCUUUGGAGAACGUGGUGCUUUGUCGCGAAUCCCAAGUGUCUACUUUGAUGGCCUUGUUUGGAGAGCGUCAUCAUUUUAGCUUCCCAUCCAUCUUUAUUUAUGGACAUACAGCUAGUGGAAAGACCUAUGUCAUGGAAACUUUGUUGAAAACUUCAGAGCUUCCUCAUGUUAUUGUGAACUGUGUUGAAUGUUUUACCUCAAGGAUACUGUUGGAGCACAUUUUAAACCAGUUAAAUUGUCUCAAUUCUUCAAAAGAUGAAUGUACUUCUUAUAUAGCUUGUGAUUCGUUUAAUGAUUUUGUUCGUUUGUUUAAGAAAGUAACUCAAGAUCAGGGUGUGGAUGAUCAGACUGUAUAUAUUGUGCUGGAUAAAGCAGAAUAUUUAAGGGAAAUGGAAGCAAAUCUACUGCCUGCUUUUCUUAGGUUACAAGAAUUGACCAACAGAAACGUGACUGUUAUCUUUCUCAGUCAAAUUGUCUGGGAAAAGUUUCGACCAAAUACUGGGUGUUUUGAACCAUUCAUCAUGUAUUUCCCUGAUUAUAGCAUAGGGCAUCUUCAAAAGAUUUUGUCCCAUGAUCAUCCUCCAGAGUAUUCAGCUGAUUUCUAUGCAGCCUACAUUAAUAUUCUUCUUGGUGUUUUUUACACUGUCUGCAGAGACCUGAAAGAGCUCAGACAUCUGGCAGCUCUUAACUUUUCUAAAUAUUGUGAACCUGUGGUAAAAGGAGAAGCUAAUGAACGUGAUACCCGUAAACUGUGGAGAAAUAUUGAACCUCAUUUGAAGAAGGCUAUGCAUACCGUGUAUCUCAGGGAGAUAUCAAGUUCACAGUGGGAAAAAUUACAGCACGAUGACACAGAAAUGGGACAAUUGAAAGGUCUUUCUGCACAUGCUCACGUAGAACUUCCAUAUUACUCCAAAUUUAUUCUAAUUGCUGCAUACUUGGCUUCAUACAAUCCAACAAGAACAGAUAAAAGAUUUUUCCUAAAGCAUCACGGAAAAAUCAAGAAAGCUAGUUUAAUGAAAAAACCCGAAAAGACUAGCAAUCAUCUUCUUGGCCCAAAGCCAUUUCCUCUGGACAGAUUGUUAGCAAUAUUAUACAGUAUUGUGGACAGCAGAGUUGCUCCAACUGCAAAUAUCUUCUCCCAGAUUACCUCUCUUGUGAAGCUUCAGCUGUUAACUUUGGUUGGCCAUGAUGACCAGCUUGAUGGACCAAAGUACAAAUGUACUGUGUCUUUAGACUUCGUCAGAGCUAUUGCAAGGACGGUGAACUUCGACAUAAUAAAAUACUUGUAUGAUUUCUUGUGAAAACAAGCUUCCCAGCUUCACAUAUGGACACUGUGACAGUGACUAAGCCAAGCUGUGUUCAUCCAUCACUUAGCUGGCCAGGGAGAGGAGUGUUUUGGCUCUAUUGGAUUUGUCCAAACAGGUGCUGGCCCAGCAUGGCAUCUGAUGAAAAUACUCUGAUUGGUCUGGGUGGAUCUGAGCAGAGGACUAUUUACCAGAGACCCUGGAGUAUUUGGAAGCAAUGUGUUAAUUAUAAACAGCAGGGUUUGAGCACAAUCUGUUCUAUUCUUAAUGAUGUUAUCUUAACACUGAAAUUGCCUGAAACCCAUUUACUUAGAACUGCAUUUUGCCUUGUGAACUAUCCCCUGCGCUUUGAACGUGCCAGCAGCCCUUGUUUAUAUGCCCAGUUUUUUCACUUCCUCUCUGCAGGAGUCUUUGCAAUUGCCUGCCAAAGCAGCUUUUUCCUAAGGCCACCAUUUUCAAAAAUUGGAAUUGUGAAAUGUAAUAAAUGUAAGGUUAUAUCUAAAUCCUAAUGGGUAUAUAUGUUUUUCUGUGUAGGUCAUAAUUUUCUCAGAACAGAAGGUAGUUUUCAUAGGAUGUAGAUCAACUUUGCAUCUCUGACAAAUUGUCGUUACUGCCAACCUGGAAAGUGCUUGUGUGAUACUUAUCUGGACACCCACUUGCAAUUAACUGUCCAAACUAGGGCUUUAUUAAUGUGAUUAGCUUUUGUUUUUAACCACUGGCUAUUAAAAUUUUUACAAUUAAAA